AUGCUCUUCAGCCUCCACUCUCUACUGCCCUUGCUGGCAACUCCUGCUCUUGUUCUAGCUGCUUCAAUCCCUCGCAGCGACAGCAGUUCAUCUUCCACUACCGUCUGGGCGACUCCCCACGACAGCUACUCAUCCUCUGUCGGCGUGCUGGGUUGCAAGGUCAACACCAACCGUGUCGCUUACUGGCCCGACUCAGUUGACUGCAACAACAUUUGCGUCUCUCUGCAGUACCAGGACCGCCAAGUCUAUCUCCUGCGCGUCGACCAAUCGCAGGGCGCGCACGACAUCAGCUACGAUGCCUGGAACUACCUUUACACGGGCUAUUCGGCAACAAAGAAGCCCUUUGCCGGAGGACCCGUCGCGAUGACAACGCAAAACGUGGACCCGUCCAAUUGCGCGAGCCUGAUCCAUACAAAGGGCAGUAAGCUCCCUCUCAGCGCGGCAAACAGCAUGAACUUCCUUGCCAGCUGUCUGGAGCAGGAGAACUCGUGGGUGGGCAGCAACUAUGUCCUGUACAACAUCCUCGACUCCAUCUGCACGCUGGGACAGGACCAGACUUGCACGUUGGACUGGCCCAACGCCAACCAGCCGUCUUGUCCAGGCACCCUCGGCGUGCCUGAUGCCCUCAAGACAGAUCCCGUAUGGAACAUCCAGUACCCUUCUGGAGAUAAAGUUCUUGCUGGAGCGCCACCGACGGUGCCUACCGGAGUUCCAGUGCCCGCGCCGGCCCCGACCCCGGCCGCUGAUGCAGACGACGAAAACGGUGCACGGAGUCUGACGUGUCCGGAUUCCUUACUUUGGAUAUCCACCCUUUCAUUACUUUCCAUAUUCUACAUUCUCUGA